AUGUAGUGGGUUUGUUAGGAUAGGACAGGCAUGGGCAAACUAAGGCCCGCGGGCCAGAUGCGGCCCUUUCACCUUUUUUAAUCCAGACAGCCAAACUUAUUAUAUAGUUUAUUUAUUUUAUCAUUAUACUUUUGCCUUUUCCCUGUAAUACCCAUGUUUCAAAUGCAGUGGUUUAAAUGCAACAGAAAGGUCCAGAAGGAUAAGUACUGAGGAUUGGCCCGCAGCUUUAGCUUUUUUUACAGCUUCUGUCACAGAUAGCAGAGCUGUUUCCAUGGAGUGAACACUUUUAAAACCAGACUGGUUUGUAUCCAGAACCUUAUUUUAGAGAGAAACUCAGUGGCUUGUUUAAAGGUUGCCUUAGAAAGGAAAUGAAGUAGUGAAACUGGCCGAUAGUUCUAAAUCUGGCUGGGAUUGAGUGAGGCUUUCUUAAGUUGCAGCAUCACUUUUGCCUGUUUGAAGGUAGCGGUGGGCGGAUCGAUCCAAAUAUCAAUAGAAUCGAUACCAAGUUGAUAUGAUAUGUGUGACUUAGACGCGCAAAGCAAGAAAACAAGCGAGUUGCCGGCUCUGGUUCAUCAGCACAUGCACAGAGAAAAUACAACAAAGAAUGGUAGAGAGAAAGAGUAGCGCAGUGUGGCUGUAUUUUCAGUUUGCGACUUACAGUUUGAGAAAUGCUUUGGAUAAAGUGUCUGCUAAAUGUAAUGUACUGUAUAUGUAAUGUAAAUGUAAUGUGCAAUGUAAUUUAAAAAUAUACUGUAGAUAAAAGGCACUAAAGGCAGUAAAGCAAAUUAUACAGAUCAAAGGUGGUAGCCUUUCAGGAAAGAAUAAUUGGAUACAUGCAGUGUUUAGCAUACUAAAACACACAAAGUAUCACUGUCAGCUAUUCCAUGUAGUAAAUAAAAAAAUAUGAGUUGGAGAGUUGUCAACUAGUAGCAAGAAUAAAGAUGGCUAAGCAAAUGAGCCAGUUUAUUAAAAGACUAUAGCGGCAACAUGGAAUGUAAAGAAGACUACAAAGUGACAGUACUGUGACGAGUGCCAACUGCCAUUAUAAUUUCCACUCCAGAAAUCAAGAAAACUGUAUAUCCUAUGCAUGGCAUGGAUAAGGUCUAAUGAUACAAAGUUAGAGUAUCUUUAAUCAAGAAAAAAAAUGAAUUAGUGCAAAAUAAGCAUAAUUACGAGACAUCAAAACAAAUAUGGAGAACAAUAUCCGAGAUUUUCUGAACAAAGCGGUGGAACAACAAGAUGGUGAAGCUCUCCAGUCAGCCUACAAUUUGAUAAAAGAUUUGACAUCAGCCUAUGACAGUGGGCAGGCUCCAAACACUGCUCUCGAGCUGUUUGUCAUUUGUGCAGAAAUUGCCCUCCGGCAGCAGAGUUUGAAGAUAUGCGCAUCAUGUCUUAAAUCCUACUUUGACAGAAAUCCACCAGCUAAUUAUCUUUUAUGUAGAGCCUACCUCUGUCAGGGCCAGAUUAGGUCUCCUCUGGCCUCAGGGAAUGUUGAGGACUUUGAGGAGUGUGUGAAUUUUUUUCUCGAAGCAAUUGGAAUUGCAAAAAGUGACCCAAAGUACCACUUUGUAGUAUUCAAUGCAUCAGUGCUAUAUUUCAAGGCAGUACGCACUUUUCUACAGCCAGGAAGUUGCCAUUAUCUGAUCCCCUCCUUCAGAAUUGUAGUUCAAAGUCUGGAGGAGGUUGCAGACCCAGACUACAAAUGGAGGGCAGAACUCAUGAUGCAUCUGAUCAAAUGUCUUGUCGACUCAGGAAAAACCAAGGCUGCUACAGACUUCGCCAAAGUUACGGAAAAAUUUAUAAAGUCACAUGUCCCAGAUCUUUAUUCAAAUCUGUUUGUUCUACUGGUUCAGCACAGUCUUGAAAAAGUUCAGGUCCUCACUGAAAUGACAAUGCAGGAUUCCACCUUAGCAGUCAUUUAUAAAGUAGAGGAAUGUAAAAAAAUGGAAGAAAUAAAAAAAGGACGAUUCACACAAGAGGUUAGUGACAAACUGGAGGAGAUUUUCUCUCACCUGGUGGACAGUACACAGUCAGGAACAACAUUAGGGAAUGACAGCAAAAAACCUGCUCCUGUUCAUCCAACUAAGCGAGUGACUCUCCUUCUAGAAUUAGCUAUGCUUUCCUUGCAAGUAAAGCAACAGAAAGUUGCAGCCAACUGCUUGAAAGAGCUCAAGUUGGCCAAAACGGUUAAUACCUGCCAACGCAUUAUAAUGAAAUGUGUCAAAAGUGAAAUCAACCUCUUGAAGAAGGACACAAAGAUGAACAUCUUUACCAAAGCCAGUGUGGAGGCUCGGAUGCAGGAAAUAGGCAAACUAGAUCACUGGCUGAGAAGUGCAGUGACCGCGAGUGACCGCCAGGCUGUGCAGGCAGUGUGUGCUACACAGUGGAAAGUCUGCUUGCCUCUUUUGCAACAUGGGCUCAAAAAACACAUCAAGGCAACUCUACUCAGAAUGGUACAUGAACUGGAAGAUAUUCAAAGUUUGAUGCUGGAGAUGCGCUGUCAAAUCCAUAUGGAACUGGCUGUAAUUGAAGAGGAGGAUGGUUUUCUAGAGUCUUCUUUGACUCACCUUCAAAAAGCCAUCCAGCUGGAUAACGGCAGACAGGAUGAACGGCUAUCAUCAGCCUUACAUCUUCUUCAGCUCAGAAAAACACCUUACCAAACCCUGUCUAGGAAUGAAGAUAAAGCAGCUAUGCUACUGCAGCAGGCCAGGGACAAACAUAAUGAAAAGAAAAACAUUCGUCCGAUCCUGGUUGCUGUUGGUGUUCUUUUGGCAUCUGAGGAUUUCCAAACUCUGCUGAAUGCGGACAACAUCUCCAAAAUUCCUGUAGGCACUCUUGGAUCAGCACCAAUGGCUCUGCUCUUUGCUAAAGCCAAACAUUACACUGAAUGUUUGCAGAAAGUGAGUGAAAACCUAACCAGCCAAGCCGAUGACACUGACAACACAGGGAGAAUGAACUUGUGGGUUACCCUGGUUAAAACUGCAAGGAGAAACGAAGUGUGGGAUGUGUGCCGAGCUGCUUGUCGAUUUUGCUUGCCCUAUGACAAUGAGCAAUGGAAGAUAUCCAAGGCUGCUAAAUGCGGAUGCUCAGAGGAUGAGAGUUGUGCAGAAUGCGUUAAUGGAUGUUUAAGAGUAAGAGACUACAUGCUCCAUUUAGCUGAAGUCUAUUUAAUUUGUGCCGAGGCAACUGUCCAAAAGCUUUUUACGGAAGGGUUUCAGCUGAACAGCCCUCCAGUCCUUCCACAGGACGCAGGAUUACAAGUGUCGAUUGAGGGCCCACAGUGGAUUACAUUUAGAGACUGGAUCCAGGGUCUAUCUUCCUAUGCUACCUCCAACUUUUUGCGUGCAGCAGAGUUGGGAUUGGAGAUCAUGGAGCCAUGGGUGGUUAUAAAUUCCGCUAUAUAUCUGUGGAAUUACAACAGCCACUUAAUAAUGGCCGGGGAUUACCAAACUGAGCUUUCCUCCUUCCAGAAUCUACUAGACAUGCUACGAAAAGUAGAGUGCUCUAAAAAUCGGAUUCUGGUUGUGCUAUUGUGUAAUGUUGUAGCUCGGGGACUGACUGAGCCUUUGUUUGGACCAGAUGGUUCAAUGCCAAACGUGCAAGCUGAAAAAGGCAGGAGAGCUGCAGUUAGAGGAAAGAAAAAAAACACUGCAUCUGUUAAUGAGUUUUAUUUAGAUGCUGCUGGAAUGAAGGAUGCCAAUUGUGCAUUAGAACUGUGUGACUAUGCCCUUCAUGUAUCUAAUAGCAAAGGUCCAGGGGAAGUGGUUCCUAUAUCAGUAAAGAAGCAGGUGGUGACCACAUGGGUACAGAUCAAGAUGAUGUUGCAACAACAGAUUUGCUCAAACAUUAAUGUCAAGGAUGACGGUAAGCAUGAGGAGAUCUCAGAGUUGAAUGUCUUAGUGGAAAUGGAAAAGCUCCAGUGCAACAAAAAGUCAAGGCAUAUGGACUUUAAAGCUCACAGUCUCUCCACACUGGUGAAAUCUGUGUCAGAAUGCAGGUGGACAGAUGUUGUGGUCAAGUUACAGGUGUGGUGUCAGCUGGCUGCUCUUGGUCAUUCUGAAGAGGACCAGAGCUUGGUGAUGUGCUGCACUGGCAAUGCUCUGCAACUAGAAGAAACAGCAGCAACGCACGUCAGUUCGGUGCCGUGUGUUUUGUACGACAUGAGUGCCGUGAACGCGAUGCUGAGCAAUGCAGCAUGUUUGAGGGGUAUGAGCUUAGUCCAGAAGUCCAAGGGUGAUUUACCAACUUUCAGAGAAGCCCUAAAAGUAAUUUUUUCCAGUGUCAGAUAUGCCGAAAAGGCUAAGAAUCCAACAUUGUGUAUUACAGCGGCUAGACAUUACUGGAACACCUGUCUACCCCUAACACAUCGCCGGGAGGAAAGACAGAAGCUCCAAGAUCCUCUUGAGAAGAUUUUAAAUGCUCUGGUUCAAACUAGCACUAAACAAACUCAGGUCAGAAUGAAUCCUUCAGUACCACAACUUGAUAUUUCUAAACAAGAGAUCUCAGGAGGUGAGGACUUGACCCUUAAAGCUGCCAUCUACAGUUUAGUGCUUCGUAUCCACAUUGAUAAAACUGACAAAAGUAGUACUCUGCUGCUACUGGACAAAGCCAUUAGCAACUUGCCCUCCACCAAACACACGAUACGUCUUCUUAAACACUGCAUACUAUUAAAAGCACGGAUGGGACAAAGUGUCCUAAUGGACAUGCAAAAACUUCGAGAGGAAGAGCUAGCCUGCUCACUAAUGUGGCGUCGAGUGGCACUGUUUGCCAGCACUCCAACGCAGCAGCUCACCUCCUACCAAAGAGCCAUUACAUCGCUGGUAAGCCCUGAGACUGAGUGGCAGAAAGUAAAUUUUGUUCUGGAGUUUGCUCAGUGGCUCUAUUAUAACAACUUUCCCAGAGUCCAUGCUCAACACCACAUCGGAUGGGCCAUAGACAUCCUGCUUCAGCCUGAGCAGGAAGAAGAAGCAAAGGCAGAAGAAACAGAAGACCCUAAAAGUAGGCGUUUAAACUCAAUGGUGAGGCAGCCCCUGAUUGGAGUUCGAAGCCUGUGUCUCAGAACAGACCUGAGCACCUUGAAAGAAGUGUACUGCCUGGACUACUUAGUGCAAGCCCACACACUGCUUGCUUUUAUGGCUGACAGGAGCUCACCUGAGCACCAGCUCCAUCUGCUCAGCGCCUUCACUUUUGUAAUUCAAAUAUGGCUGGUUUCCAUGGCUGAAGUUUCUGACAUGCUAAAGCCCCCACCCACUGCUGGAUCGAAAAAAGGUAAACAAAAAACAAAGGUUCAGAAAAAAGGAAAAACUGCAGAAGACAGACUUGAUCAGGCACUCCCUUCAUCCCCAGAGGAAUGGGCACGUUACAUCUGUCCAAGCCAGGCAAGGAUAAUAUUUAGAGCCAACAAAAACCAACACUGUAUCAAUACGUAUACCAUUACAAAUCAGAUGCAAAGUAUAUUUUAUCUAACUUUGCUUGGAAACCAGCUAGACUCGAUUUCACUUAAUCAUUUGACAUUACCUGUACUGCACCUAGCUGAAAUCAUUGCCAAUGACCUUCUCAAUAAGAAAAGUCUUUCUGAUUUGUUCCGGAUUAAAAUCUUUCAAACUUGUUGUCAGCUGGGUCUGGAGAAAUACUCCCCUUAUCAGAAGAGGCUCCUAGAUUUGUUGACAAACAAUGAGCAGGAACAGAUAAAAAGCCACAAAGUGGUUGCUCUUUCAAAGGAAAAAGGUAUGAAUCAGAAAGCUUCUAAUCAGACAGAGGAGCUAGAUGAAAACACUGGCUGUGGCAAACAACGUAGGGGCAUGUGCUUUCAGAACAUUUACCUAGAAAAAGCUGAAGUUUGCCUCAGUAUGGAGCUCUUUCAGCCGGCACGACAGCUCCUGGUUGAGGCUCACUUAAUGGCUAAAGACCUUGGAGAUCAGAAAGCACUGGCAAAAUGUUUGCUUGGUCUGGCCACUCUGGCAUGUAAGGAACAGAAUCAUGCACAGGCACUGAUCCUGCUGGACCAAGCCCAAGCACUUGGAGGGGAUGAGGAAUUCUGGUACCAUUUCACGCUUACUAAGGUAAAUGCUGUUUUGGGCGAAAGACACAAAGAUGUACAAACCAAAGUUCAAAAGAUCAUUAAUCAAGGUUGCGAGGCUCUGAAAACAGUUCAGGAGAAACAGUUAAAUAGGGUCAAAGAAGUCAAAUACUUGAUUACUCGUUUAGAAAUGAGAAGUGUCAUGGAAAGUAUCACGGCCCUAAAUGAUGGUGAAUCUGGAAUUAAUUCUUGCUACGAGAAUGUCCAAAAACUAAUGGCUGCCAGUGAGAGACUUGAAAAGUGUGCUAGUAGUUUCACUGAACUUGGCUAUACAGAGAAGGCAGCAGAGGCACAUGCAGAGUAUGCACAGUGUAUGAAAACCUUGGCCACAAAAACAGCAGAUAAAGAGGAGAAGCAGCAUCUACUGCUCCAUGGUCUCUCCCAGAUGCAGCUUGCCGUCAUAAUGCAGGAGCAGCUUGUGCUGAAUGCUCAGAAACUGCUACCACCAAAGGACGAGACGUGUGGAAUUUCACUGGAAACUGCGUGGAGGCUACUGUACCUACGACUAGGCCUGGUAGAACUUUGUCUGGUCUUGAUGGAAGACCACUGUGCUGAGGCGACAGUUCGUGCUCUGGCACGUGAGAAGAUGAGCCCUGUUGAGAUUGCAUUGGAAGAUUUUACUGCCUCCUCACCUGAGCCAGAUUCAAUGGAACAUAAAUGGAUUCAUGUAGGAAAAACUUUGGGUCAGGUGGCUCUAGGUCAGCUGGCAACUAUCAACUUCCAUCCCUUACACGACAUAGAAACCCAAGCUCGUUGCCUAAAUCUGAUGGGGAAGUAUCUCAGGCUUCAAGCUUUGCUUAAGGACCCAAUUCAUGUGUAUGCAAUUUGGAGGCAAACCAAACCAACGGAAGUCUCUUCUGACAGUGAAACAGUAUCUGCAGCGUCUGAGCCUUCUGAGAAAGACAAAGAAUCAAGCCAAACGGAGUCAGUAAAACCCAUUACAGAAUGUCCUGAGGUAAAGAAGAGAAGGCGUAAAGCUAACCAGAUUUUGUCACAGGCAGCAAUGGCCAUCUCCGAAACCAUCAACUUGUGUCUUGAACAUAAUUUGUCUUCCUUCAUUCUGGCUGAGGCCACGGUCAAUAUGCUGGGCUGUGUAGGACAACCUGAUUCUGAAGCAGCGGGCCAAUAUCUGGCCCUCUUUCAGAGCUGCUGUGCUGUUACAACAAUUGCUAAAGCAUUAUGCUCGACAUGCAUUGACACUCGUGGAUCCCAGCUUGCAGCUCUGCUCAGCCUUCACAGUAAAAUGCUCCACUCUCGAGUCGUGACCUGUGGUAUGUUGAAAGGAUUAAAAGACUCACUGAAGAAGCUCUCCAACGCAUGCAGUCAUUUAAUAGUUAAUCCAAACCACUUCAACUUACUUUCAGAUCUUCCAUCUAAUUUGAAAAUCCUGUUGCUUCAGCAUUCUGAAAAUCACUCAGAACUGUAUGGAGCUUUCUACGAGAUGGCAAAAUCUACAGAAAAUAAAAAAGCAAAGACAACUAAGGCUGGAAAUACAAUUAGUUGCUCAAAAGUGGCCAAGGUUUUCGUCUGCCCACAGCAUUUGGUGGCACUGAGGGAGCAAAUGAAGGCUUUCAGCCACGAGGCGAGACAUACCCUCUUCAAGGAAGUCUGUUUGCAUAGUACUGAGGAAAAACACGAGGCCUCUGAGGAACUUCAGACAAGCACAGUAGAUGAAAAGUUAGCACCUCUCUACUGCAAAAUUGUACAAGAUCUGGAAGACUAUUUAUAUCCGUUGCUAUCACAGAUGGACUUGCCUUGCUUUAGACCCCAAACUUCAUCAGAACCAAAUCUUGAACUAACACAAUCCAAAGAUAAAAAGGAAAAACAAAGCUCGACUAAAUUACGAAAACCAGAAUUUGUUGUGGUGCUGGCAGACAGCACGUUGCUGGACUUGCCACUAGAGUCCUUGCUUAUCUUCCAGCAGGGAAAUUUUAGCUCCGUGUCACGAGACUUUUCCCUGCAGCUACUUCACAGUCGACUGCGUAGUGCCAAAGCCGAGAAAGUUCCACGUGACAAAAAGGAAGGAAAAGGUGGUAAAGGAGGAGGGAAUAAAAAACUAGAGAUCAAUAAAACAAUUCCGUCCUACGCUAUUCCAGUGGAAACACGAAACUUGAAGUAUAUUGUUGACACAGGAUCUGGCCUGAGUGCUAAGAUAGUAGAGAUUUUGGAUGACUAUGGGAAACUUUCCAAACAAAAGUGUGAGGGCUACAUGAGUGGCCAACAAACACCUAGCCUGUCGGAUAUUGAAGAGCUACUGUCCAAGUGCAGUGCUUUCAUCUACAUUGGCAGGGAGCAGCUAAUGGCUAACGUCCCUCCUGCCAAACUAGUACUGGGACGUUUAUCCAGGUGCCAAAUGGCUCUUCUUUUUGAGCAGGUUUACGGCAAUGUUGGAACUUUCCGACAGGCUAUGGAAGACAUGGAUACGAGCAAAGAACAGUCUCCCGUUGAAACCGCUCUGUUGUUGAGUUUGAGUGGGGUUGGCUGUGUUAUUCUCAAUCAGUGGCAGAGCAGCUUACAAGAUAACACGGACAAUAUGACAACAGUUGUACAAAACCUCCUGAAGGGCGACCGGACCUCUGGUCAAAUAAUCCAUGAAUUGAGGAAAAGAAAUACUUUAGUGAUCCCAAAGACCAAAGAUACUGAGUCAAAUAAAUCUGAAUGUCUCUCAAAGGAGGAAGAUGAGCACAUCAAAAUUGCUUUCUCACUUUCAGACAUCAACUGUAUUGUUUAUGGACUUCCUAAUUUAAUACUGGUAUAAUAUUAAUUUUACAGUCUGUUUGCAGUCUGUUUAAAGACUAUGGACUUUGUAGUACACGUUAAGUUUCACAGUGCACAGCAGACUAAAGGUGUCUUGCAUCUUGAGUUACCGCAGCUCAACUACUAAAUUGUUAAAUAAAAGGUCCCAUAAAAUGAUGUAAUUUUUGCUCAUAGCUGACAGAAUUAAAUGUUUUUGUUUGAGACUUUGAAUAGACCAACAUGCCGACCCUUUCACCUACAGUAUGUACGUAUGUUUUGUAUUAAUAAAAUGUUAAUAUUGUUGGUGAGUAAAUAAUAGAUAUCUUUAGGACUUGCACUUAGCCACAUUAUGUCCAGCAGGAAAGGGAGUGCCACCUUUUAUGUCUACAUGGGCAGCUUUUAAUGAUGAACAAUUUAUGUAGAAUAAAAACUGUUUAAACUUUUAUUAAUUCAUCCCGUCACCAGCCAGAAUAGUGAUUAC